UUUCUAAACUUGAACAGUUCGAAACAGCAAAAUGGCUUGAGCUUCACACACCAACCCACCAAUGGCGGUUGCAAACUCCGUCUCCUUCUCCUUCCUCCGACCAACUAUUACCAACUCCACGAAAAACCAACUCCUCCGAUUCGCUCGUAUUGCGACUCCAUCAAAAUCCGCAAAACUCACAAAGCGAAGAAACUCUCUGCGACCCAAAAUCCUCAAAACCAUAACCAAACCCUACAACCCAGCACCUCCCGAAAACCCACUCCCAGAGCUUCCUCCCCAGCAAAACGACGAGAGUUACGCGGCCGUUCCGUUGGAAAACGACAAAAUCGAGGAAUUUCAGUCGUCCGAGGUUCUUCAUGCCGGCGUUGACGAAUUUUCCGGGCGGUCUUUCGUGAGGUACGGCGUGUAUUUGAUUGGAGUUUUCGUGUUUCAGACCAUUCUUUCUGUUUGGGUACUGGGAACUGCGAAUUCCGAGGAAAAAGAUGGGGAUUUUGAUAGUUUGGAUAACGGGAAAGUUUUGCUGAAUGGAAAUGAGAAAAUUUUGCGUUCGAACGUUGAAUUGGAAGAGAAAAUUGAAAAAAUAAGAGCGAUGGCGAGGAAAGCGCGAAAAGUUGAGAAGAAUAAGGGUGAGAGUUUGAAGUCCGGUACUAAAAUUGGGAUUGAGAAAGAGAUUGAAAAGCGAUUAUUGAAGUUGCAAAAAGGGUUGAAUUCCACUAGGGAGAAGUUGCCAAGGUCAUAUGUGAAUUAUUUGAGCAAGUAUGGGAAGGUUGAAGAUGAGGUGACGAAGAAGAAGGCUGGUUUGGAUGUGGGAAAGGAAAAUGAGACUCUUAUGUUUAAGAAGAAGCUUAAGUUUAGAAGCCCUUUGACCGAGCCGAGUAAGGGUCCAAAGGGGUUCGGAGAUUCCGAAAAGCAUAAGGUGUCAAAGGGGAAAAUGAGUGGCUCAAAAGUAUCAGAAGAAGAACUGAAUGAAGAAAUUCAGAAAGAGAGGGACUUGGAGGGUGGGAGAAGAUUGGUGGUUCGAAAAUUGAGAGUGUCACGGGAUGAUGGGAAGAAUUUGGACAAAGGGAUGAGAAGGGGAAAUGAUGGAAAGGAAGCGAGUCAGACAGGAAAAUCGAGAAAUGGUGUUGUUCAGCAGAGUAGACCCGAAAACCCCUCAGUUGAAGUAGCAAAUUUGACAACGUCAAGAGAGUUGGGAGUGGAAAAUGACCGAAAUUUUGAGAUAGAAAACCGGGAAACUGUGGAAGAAUCCAAUGAGCAUCCUGUCUUGAGUAGAAGUAGAAGCUCAAGACUCAAAGAAGCUGAAAAGAAACUAGCACCCAACAAAGUUCCCGAGAAGCAAUCAAAUGUUGAGGCUGAUAUGUGGUGGCUGAACCUACCUUAUGUUCUAGUUGUUCUUAUGCACCGAGGAUCUGAUCCUAAGGGAACUGGAGGACUUUAUACCUUAAAGCUCGAUACCGGAACUCAUAAACAGAACGAUUCUUCUUAUACUGUUGCUUUUGAGGACCGUGGUGAUGCCAAUAACUUCUGUUUUCUAUUGGAAUCUUUUUUUGAAGAUUUGGGUGAUGUCAGGGCUGAUAUUGUUCCUCUAUCAGUUAAAGAACUUCAUGCAGCACUAAAUUCAAAGAAAUGGAAGGUAAUUGUUGUUAAGAAGGGUCAGCUUCAGUUGUAUGUCGGGCAACCAUUUGCUGAUGUCGAGAUGGCUUUGCACGCUUUGAUUAAAGAAACUCAAAGUGCUCGGUAGGAUGUGGAGGCAAAAAAAGCUUGAUUUUUCUGUUUUAAAGAGUUUGCAGACCAAUCAACAUGUCAUUGGUUUUAGAGAUUGAUCAGCGCUGAUUGUUGAUAUUGAGAUGGCGCUUUGCUCUUUGACUUCCCCUUUGCUCUCCUUUAUUACAAUUGAAGGGUUUGACUAGCAAGUCAGUCAGCAAUGUGCUAUUUCCUGCUAGUGGCUGGAAUAUGAAGAUGGAACCGAGCGGCAAAGCUGCAUGGGGGGAUACAGCACAGGGAUGCAACGGCCGAGAAUGUCUGUUCUUUCUUCAUUUGCUGAUCUUCACAAUUAGACAGAAUGUCCCUGUCUUCUUAUUAUUAUUAGAUUUUUUCAAUAGUUGGUUUUUUCCGGAAUUCCAAUUGUUCAAUUAUGAAAAUACAGUAGCGAAUAUUCCUUGUACUAAAUUCUAGCCAAA